CGGUCACUUGUUGUAACUGACGGAGGGGAGAGCGCGUGCGAAGGUGUCGUCACCGCCUGACGUGAAGGCGCUGUGGGAGGAGGCGUGGCCUCGUUCUGCUGCAGCAGAGAAACAUGACAUGAGGAUGAGCGAGAGGGAGGGAGGGAGACAUCCUGAUAGGAAUAAACGGUUCGUCAGAGGUUCAGGAGGAGAGCGUAAUGAUGGGGAGCAAUGACUGAAAACACAACGAGCUCCCUGAAUCACCGGACUCUAUUUUUCCAUUGCUGCCAUUGAAGCCAUGGCCUAGAGCUGCGCGUGGUCCUGUCGGUCCUGUGGUCUUCAGAUGGCUCCCCAACAACUGUCAGCCAAUACACUGAACAUGAGAACGUGAAGGCUGGCGUCCACCAAGGCCACCGCUGCACCUUGGGCAGCACACACACAUGAUCACAUGACUCUGGACAUGGACGCGGUCCUGUCAGACUUUGUUCGGUCCACAGGGGCAGAACCAGGUCUGGCAAGAGACCUGCUGGAAGGUAAAAACUGGGACCUCAGUGCAGCUCUCAAUGAUUAUGAGGAGCUCAGGCAGGUCCACACUGCCAACCUGCCGCAGGUUUUCAAUGAGGGCCGCUACUACAAGCAGCCAGAGGCGCGUGACACACCCACCCAUGUCAGCAAGAUCGACAGGCUGUGUGCGCAAAAGCAGGAGGACAGCACUCAAGAAAAGCGUCUAUCCCGUGGGAUCUCCCACGCCAGUUCUGCUAUCGUCUCCCUGGCCCGGCUGCAGGUGGCCAGUGAAUGUACCAGUGAGCAAUUCCCUAUAGAGAUGCCAAUUUACACAUUCCAGCUGCCAGACCUCAGCGUGUACAGCGAGGACUUUAGGAGCUUCAUAGAGAGGGAUCUAAUAGAGCAGUCCACCAUGAUGGCCCUGGAGCAAGCUGGUCGUCUGAACUGGUGGUCCACCAUGUGCACCAGCUGUAAGAAGCUGCUUCCUCUGGCUACCACUGGGGAUGGAAACUGCCUUCUGCACGCUGCCUCUUUGGGGAUGUGGGGCUUCCAUGACAGAGACCUUAUGCUGAGGAAAUCUCUCUACACCAUGAUGAAGAGUGGGGCGGAGAGGGACGCUCUGAAGAGAAGGUGGAGGUGGCAGCAAACCCAGCAGAACAAGGAGUCGGGGCUGGUGUACACUGAAGAAGAAUGGGAGAGGGAGUGGAACGAGCUGCUGAAGUUAGCCUCCAGUGAGCCUCGCUCUCACCUCAGCAAAAACGGGAACACCAGCGGAGGGGUGGACAACUCAGAGGAUCCUGUCUAUGAGAGUUUGGAAGAGUUCCAUGUGUUUGUGCUGGCCCACGUGUUGCGCAGGCCCAUCGUGGUGGUCGCUGACACUAUGCUCAGAGACUCUGGAGGUGAAGCGUUCGCUCCUAUCCCAUUUGGAGGGCUCUAUUUGCCCCUGGAGGUGCCUCCGAGCCGAUGUCACUGCUCCCCUUUGGUCCUGGCCUACGAUCAGGCUCACUUUUCUGCCCUAGUCUCCAUGGAGCAGAGAGACCAGCAGCGAGAACAAGCUGUUAUCCCUCUGACCGACUCGGAGCACAAGCUGUUGGCGCUCCAUUUUGCCGUUGACCCUGGCAGGGACUGGGAGUGGGGGAGGGACGACAACGAUAAUGCCAAGUUAGCCAAUCUCAUCUUGUCUUUGGAGGCCAAACUCAACCUGCUGCACAGCUACAUGAAUGUAACAUGGAUCCGAAUCCCGUCUGAAACAAGGGCUCCGCUGGCUCAGCCAGAGUCUCCCACGGCAUCUGCAGGUGAGGAUGUCCAGUCUCUGGCUGAGUCCAUGGACUCCGACCGCGAAUCCGUCGGCAGCAACUCGCACGUCAACACCGGCAAGUCUAGUAAGGAAAAAGACAAAGACAAGCAGCGCAAAGACAAAGAUAAGGGCCGGACUGAUUCUGUAGCCAACCGACUGGGAAGCUUCAGCAAAACGCUUGGUAUUAAGCUCAAGAAGAACAUGGGAGGUCUGGGGGGGCUGGUACACGGCAAAAUGAACAAAUCCAACUCGAGCUCAGGUCGUCAUACAGAGAAUGGAAGUGAAAAGGCAAAGAAGAAAGAGUCUAAAGCAACCAGAGGAAACAAGGAAGAGUCGGGACAGUCCACCAGCUCCACUUCCUCUGAGAAGGCUACAAGUCCCUCCCCUACAGACGGAGACAGACCCUCCAGCUCCUCCCCGACGGAGAGGCAGGACAGUUCAGGCCGAAGCUCCGGCGACAAAACACUGGAAAACUGGAAAUACAGCACAGAUGUCAAGCUCAGCCUCAACAUCCUGCGGGCCGCUAUGCAGGGCGAGCGCAAGUUCAUCUUUGCGGGACUCCUGCUGACCAGCCAUCGACAUCAGUUCCACGAGGAGAUGAUCAGCUACUACUUGACCAACGCCCAGGAGCGCUUCAGUCAGGAGCAGGAGCAGAAGAGGAAGGAGGCUGAGAAGAAGCCGCCUCCCUCCAGUGAGGUGGUUCUGAAGAAGCCCGAGCACGAGAGCGUCUUCCAGAGGGAGAGGUCGGACAGUUCCCCUCCGGAGAGCUGCUCUCCGGUCCUGCCCCACCAUACCUACAACAACUCGCAGCCCCUGUCGGGGUUGAAGACGCAGGGCAGAAACAGUCCCAUCCCUGCCGCCCCUCCGGCGUCCGUCCCUCCUCUGACCCCGCCAACAAUCUCUCACCACGUCCCCCAUCCGGCUCCUUCCCCUGCGCCUUACUCCUCCCCCAUUAUCGGUGCUAAGAGACCCGGGCCCGUCCCUGUGUCUGCCCACUACAGCCAUACACCUCCCAUCCAGAGGCACAGUGUGAUCCACUUACAAGAUGUCAACAUGCAAUCCUCCAUCUUCCAAGACGAGCCCUACAACAAGCCCGUGGUGGGCACGCUGAAGACGUGCGCCACCUACCCCCAACAGAACCGCACACUCUCGUCCCAGAGCUACAGCCCCGCACGCCUGUCGGGGGUGCGCAGCGUUCACACCACAGGAACCCUGUCCUACAACAUGCCUGCCGAACACAAGUCCCACACCUACACCAACGGCUUCAACGCGGGAGACAUUCAGGACUGCCUCGAGUUCGCCGACGAGGACAACUCGUCUCACACGUGGCUCAACCAAGACAAAACCAAAGGGCGCAGCUCUGGAAGCCCUUUGUACUGCUUUCAGCAGCGCCGCUGCAAGAGGGAGAACUGCUCCUUCUACGGGAGGCCAGAGACAGACAACUACUGCUCCUACUGCUACAGAGAGGAGCUGAAGCGCAGGGAGAAGGAGGGCAAAGUGCAGAGGCCUGUAUAGCCAUUUCAGCCACAAGACAGCCACAGGAGAGCAAACGUUUUCCCACUUUGUUUGAAGAAUGCUCGUGUUUUCCUGUCCCACCUUCCCUUAAUAAUAAAGAUUCUUACUUUAAGAAUAAGGGGGGAGGGAGCAGGACUCGACAGAGUGAACAGCUUUGGCCAGAGCUUUUUCUUUUAACUUCUGUCUCAUCCGAUUUUAGUCUUUUACUUGUUUUAGAGUAAAAGUCAUCUCCCUGUGAUGUAAUUUUCUGUAUGUGAAAGAAAGUUCUUUAUUUUUUUGAAGCCAAAAAAAAAAAAAAAAGACUUGCAUCUCAUCAGGAAGGAACAUUUUAUUAGCUCUUUUGAUCCGUUUUGAAUGCAAUACCUCUGCCUGGUUCUUCAAAGUCUCCGUGGGAAAUUUCUAGUUGUUUUGCAAUCAAAAGAAAUGAAAACGGGGGAAAAAACAUUAGACUUUACAGCAAUAAAUUGGUGACUCUUGCUACACUCUCCCAAUUUUUGUCUAUGCACCGAUAACAUAGUUACUGUAGGUUAACUGUGUCUUGUAAGAUGAUAGAGGAAUGUUCCCGUGUGUUUUGUAAGCGAGUUUGAACUACAGGAAUAAAAAUGAAUUGUAAUGUGAGAUUAGGAUGAAAUGCUACGCUGUCAAAUGUGUCAGAACUGGACUAUUUUCUAAGAUUUAUCAUUUUCACUCGUAAUUAAGUCCACAAGCACUGCCAAGCUGGCUUCUGUACGAGACAAAUUCCAAAUUUCCCGAGUGUUUUCUGUGCCAAACAGCAGACGACGCGUGAGAGGAGCUGCCUCUCACAGUGUCGAUGGUGUGUUUUGUUUUUUUUUUUCUUUUUCCGAUGUGUUAGAUGAGAUGAACUGUCAGUUGUGAGAUCAGGCUGAUGUGUAUUUGUCUGAAGUGUUACUAUGUGUCCCCACCCUUGCUCCCACACAGACACACGCAACACGAUGUGCAAUCAUGCUAAUCAGCACUCCGCGGUGACCCGUAGUAUGAACCGGUCACCUGUUCCCGUGUGAGAUUGUUCUUCUUUCAUAUCUCGAGGCCGUUUAAAAGAAGCACCUGCUGCUAAGAGCACCUCAAGCCUUUUGUUAUCAUCAGUGCUUUAACCAAUUAGUGGGAUUUGAACAAACCCAGGCCUCCAAGUGCUUUCUGCUCAUUCGACUACUGUAAAGACGCAGUGUUUGUGUUGCUGUUUGUUCUGGUAAAUGCUUAGACGAUGUACCAUGCUGUCCUUAACAAGGUGUGUCCUGGCCAAGGAUGUCCACUGCUCCCUCGGUUUGCUUCUGUGUCUCUCCUGUACUGUACAAACUGCAGUGUUUGCUCCUCCUCGUUUCCGUGUGACUAGUUCAUGGACUCUCACCAUCUUAGGACUGUAAAAUAUGAUUUUGUAUUCUUUUAGGAGUUUUACACUACUUUAAAUUAUUAAUUUGCACAUUAGGUACAGAUGUAAAUACGGGGGAGGGGAAAGGAAAAAAAAUAGUCUAUUGUUACAUA